CGGCGGCGGCGGCGGCGGCGGGAUGGCCCGGGCCCGAGGCCAGGCCCCGGGGAGCGGCGGGCGGCGGCGGCCGCGGCGGGGCGGCGCGGGAACCGGGCCCCGGGGGGAGUCGGCCGGGCUGCUGCUGCUGCUGCUCCAGGUGCUGCCGCCCGGGGCUACGGCAGGGCCGGGACGCCGGGGCACGCGGGGCGCUGGCGGCGGCGGCGUCUGCUGGCCCGGCGCGGCCCCAGCCUUUCCCCGGGACGCGCGGCUGCUGCUGCUCCUGCCGCCGCUGCCGCCACUGUCGCCGCCGCCGCCGAGCUCCGCGCCCGCAGCCUCCGCCUCCCGGAUGGACGCUCUGCCCCGCAGCGGGCUGAACCUGAAGGAGGAGCCGCUGCUGCCCGCCGGCCUGGGCUCGGUGCGCUCCUGGAUGCAGGGCGCGGGCAUCCUGGACGCCAGCACCGCGGCGCAGAGUGGCGUGGGUCUGGCACGAGCACAUUUUGAGAAGCAGCCUCCCUCCAACCUCAGGAAAUCCAACUUCUUCCACUUCGUGCUGGCCAUGUACGACCGGCAGGGGCAGCCUGUGGAGGUGGAGCGCACAGCCUUCAUCGACUUCGUGGAAAAGGACCGAGAGCCCGGGGCGGAAAAGACUAACAAUGGGAUCCAUUACCGCCUCCGGCUGGUGUAUAACAAUGGACUGCGGACAGAGCAAGACCUCUACGUGCGUCUCAUCGACUCCAUGUCCAAGCAGGCCAUCAUCUAUGAGGGGCAGGACAAGAACCCCGAAAUGUGCCGAGUGCUGCUUACCCAUGAGAUCAUGUGCAGCCGGUGCUGUGACCGGAAGAGCUGUGGCAACCGGAAUGAGACGCCCUCAGACCCCGUCAUCAUUGACAGGUUCUUCCUCAAGUUCUUCCUCAAAUGCAACCAGAACUGCCUGAAGAAUGCGGGGAAUCCCAGAGACAUGCGCCGCUUCCAGGUGGUGGUGUCCACGACGGUGAGCGUGGACGGACACGUGCUGGCCGUGUCCGACAACAUGUUUGUGCACAACAACUCCAAGCAUGGCCGCAGGGCGCGCCGCCUGGACCCCUCCGAAGCUGCCACCCCCUGCAUCAAGGCCAUCAGCCCCGGGGAGGGCUGGACCACGGGCGGCGCCACCGUCAUUGUCAUCGGCGACAACUUCUUCGACGGGUUGCAGGUCGUGUUCGGAAACGUGCUCGUGUGGAGCGAGCUCAUCACGCCUCACGCCAUCCGGGUGCAGACGCCACCGCGGCACAUCCCCGGGGUGGUGGAGGUGACCCUCUCCUACAAGUCCAAGCAGUUUUGCAAGGGAUGCCCCGGCCGCUUUGUCUACACAGCUCUGAACGAGCCCACCAUUGACUACGGAUUCCAGAGGCUACAGAAAGUCAUUCCCAGACACCCCGGAGACCCCGAGAGGCUGCCCAAGGAAGUGCUGCUGAAGCGGGCGGCCGACUUGGCAGAAGCCCUGUACGGAGUGCCCGGCAGUAACCAGGAGCUCCUCCUGAAGCGCGCGGCGGACGUGGCCGAGGCUCUGUACAGCACCCCCCGCGCACCCGGGCCGCUCGGACCCCUGGCCCCGAGCCACCCACACCCCGCCGUCGUGGGCAUCAACGCCUUCAGCAGCCCGCUGGCCAUCGCCGUCGGGGACGCCACCCCGGGGCCCGAGCCGGGCUACGCGCGCAGCUGCAGCAGCGCGUCCCCCCGCGGGUUCGCGCCCAGCCCCGGCUCGCAGCAGAGCGGCUACGGCAGCGGCCUCGGAGCUGGCCUGGGCGGCUACGGCGCGCCGGGCGUGGCCGGCCUCGGCGUGCCUGGGUCCCCCAGCUUCCUCAAUGGCUCCACCGCCACCUCGCCCUUCGCCACCACCAGCAACCCUGGAAUGAAUCACAACUCCCCACACUACCUACCCAAGGUACAAAAUGCGGCCGUGAGCCCUGGGCAUUGAGAGCUAUAGUACAUUUUCUGGCAUUGGUCUCAAGCCCUUCAUUGGGCUCUGGGGCCUCUCCAGCUGGCAGUAACUGUUGUCUUAAAGGAGAUGAGGCUGAGGGCAUUUGGAAGAGGGGCACCUGUUGAAGGCAUUCUUGUAUCAAGGGAGGUAGGAGGGCCCUCUGAUGCCAAAGGCAGCCUUCUCAGGCUAUUGCUUUCUUCCAGGAAGCCCCACCCACCCCACUGCCUGCUGCCUGGACAAUACUCAAAUCACAGCCUUACCAGUCUUUACAGGAGAGAGGCAGGGAAUUGGGUUCAGAUGAGGACGUAGAAAGGUGGGAUCCAGCGAUGCCCCAGGCCUGAGCCCCCAGGAGAGGAGGCAGGCAAAGUCUGUGUGCAGGAGGCUCCCUUGCCAUUCCCAGGAGGGCAAGCCACAGCCUGGGUGGCUAGGGAGUUUGAGAACAGGCAGAAGAUCUGAGGAUGUAGAUCCCUGCACUUUGCUUUAAAAUUGACCAGCUGGAAGUGGGAGAUUCAGGAGACCCCCCAGGGCCCAGGCUGGAGAUGACAAGGACCUGCAUUAAGCUGUAAGGAAACAAAGUGCCCCAGGGUGCAGGGGGAAGUGGGAGAGGGACAGAGGAGCAUAGGGAACAUUGGCAAGGAGAGCAUAUUUGAGGAGGAAGUUGGAGUGCUGUUUGUGAUGUUGGGCAGAGAGGCUUAUAACUGGAGCCUGUGCGUUCCCCCAGACUUCAUCCCUGACUACUUGUUCCAGCUCUUCUGUGACCCCUGAACUAUGACUCUAGCCUUGGCACCCCAAGCAAGGCUCAUAAAUGUUUCCUAGCAUCUCAGAAUCCCAGGAGUUUUCAGCAGAAAUCCUGAAGUAGUCCAGCUGUUGCUCAUCUCAUUUUUGGGGGAUACCUCCCACUGUUUGGUUUUUUUGAAUGUUCUGGUUUUGCUUUUGUCUUUACCUGGUCUGGCCCUGUCAUCCCCAGCCCCGAGAAAAGGUCUCCAGAACCCCUGAGAGGUCAGGGCUGGCCCAGGACCCUCACAGCUCCCAGUGAGGUCUGAGCCUGGUACCUGUGUCAGCAGCCCAUGUGGGGCCCCGGCCAAGCUGCUCACUCUGGUGCUGUCUCCCUGUUGUGUCUCCCAUGUCUCCCACCACCUUCCCUGCUGCGCCUGCCCCUCCCCGCCCCGCCCCGGAGU